AUGUCCACAAGCAACCUACUUUUGAUCAAUCAAGUAAAUUCAGCAGUAUCACGACGUAGAUUCCGUUCGAGCAGAAAUCUGUAUGUCCCGAGGGUUGAAGAAGGCGCCGAUGGGGACGAAAGCGACAACAUUUCAAUCAGCAGCUCCCAAAUUGCAGACAAUCGAAAGUUCAUCCUUCGUCUGAAGACUUGGGCGACAACGACGAAACAAAGCAGUAGGACGGCCACUGGCAAAGGCAUUGCGCGUCUUGUGGAGAAAAUUGCUCAUGAUGACCGAGUUUCAAUCGAGGACGAAAACCUCAUUUUGGAAACAAUCUCGGUCCAAAGAGGAUGGUGGGCAACUUUGGUGGUGAUGGACACGCUUAUUGUUGCGCUGUCUACGGCAAUGUUGUGUUUCGAAGAUGUCACUGACAAUGGGCACUGGUCGGAAGCUGCCGGGGAAAGGAUCCUCUUUGCAUAUCAUGCACUCUUGGCACUGUUGUUGUAUAUCACGGUUUGCCAUUUGACGAUGGUACUCCUGGUAUCAGGACUAAGCACGUACAUUUUCGAAGUGAAAGGCAUUCUCACGUUUUUUGUGCGAUGUCACAAUUUGUUGGUGCACGUGAAUUUUUCCGGAAUGAUCUUCAUAGUUCCAGGUUUCUUGUUUGUUCCAGCUUUGGCGCAAGUGUAUUCAUAUGGGCUUUGGCAUGCAAUUCCGUCCAUCGCGAUGUGCUUGAGUACGUUUGUAUUUAUAGCCUGGAUGUAUGUGCGAGUGAUCAGGCCUCUAUUUACUGGUUUGUACAAUGAAGAGUAUGACAUUGGGCCCCUCGGCUCCGAAGUUGGCGAUUUGGAGAAAAGGUAA